AAUAAAAGGAGUAGUAGCUAGGUAGUUAAACUCAAAUUAAAGAUUCAACUCUUCUUAUUUGCUACUUUUAUGUAAUGGAAGCUUCAACUCAAAUUUCUAUCACUAUUCUCUUUCUAUUUCAUUCCUUAAGAGGUUUACAUUCCGCCACAUUUACAAUUGUAAACAAGUGCAGUUACCCUGUUUGGCCGGGGAUUUUGUCCGGUGCUGGAACGGUACAACUAGCAACGAAAGGCUUUGACCUAAAACCGGGUGAAUCCAACGAUGUUGCUGUGCCAACAGGUUGGUCCGGCCGCAUAUGGGGCCGAACACUUUGUUCCACUGACUCUGCUGGAAAAUUCUCUUGCAUCACCGGAGACUGUGGCUCCUCUAAGGUAGAAUGCAGCGGCAGCAGUGCUAUCCCGCCUGCAACACUCGCGGAGUUCACCUUGAACGGUGCUGGAGGAAUGGAUUUCUACGACGUCAGCCUGGUGGACGGUUACAACCUUCCCAUGUUGAUAGAACCGCAUGGCAGCGGAGGAAACUGCACGAGGGCAGGUUGUUCGGUGGACUUAAACGGAUGGUGUCCGACGGAGCUGAAGGUGAAAGUUGCAGUGGAAGGAGAAGCGAAUGGUGAGAAGAGUGUGGCAUGUAAAAGCGCAUGUGAAGCAUUUGGGGAUCCAUUAUACUGCUGCAGUGGCGCUUAUGCGACUCCGCAGACAUGUAAGCCAAGUUCGUACUCACAAUUCUUCAAGAGUGCGUGCCCGCGCGCUUAUAGCUAUGCCUACGAUGAUGGUACUAGCACCUUCACUUGUACCUCCGCGGAUUAUCUCAUUACUUUCUGUCCCUUACAUUCCAACAGUUCAAUCAAGUCAGGGAAUGGAAAAUUCCCAUUUGGAGUGGACAUAUGGGCCGGACACGACCGUGGCCAUGCUGAUGAGCCAACCAACAUGAUGACACUAGUUAUUGGCACUGUUCUGAUGACAAUUUGGUGGCAACUGAUCAGUUAGGCGCGAACUUGGAUUCCACACAGUAAAUGUAAUACUGGAGUUAUCUGGUUAAUGAUCUCGGCUAUCUUAUCUCAAAUCAACGGUAAAGACUGUUUUAAGAUGAUUUGAUGAAGAUGUAACGAAAGUUGACUGAUUUCAAAUCAAUGACUGCGAUCAGAACAACUCUUAUCUAUACCGUGUCAAUGUUCAUCACUUGAUCCGCAGCCGACUAUCAUGCCAUUUUUCAUGUAUAUUUGUAUCCUUAAAUUCACGAAAACUUACUGUAAAGAAAAGAACAAAAACACGAAUGGUGUUUUGCAUUUUUAUUUCUUUUUGAAACCAGAUAUCAUUUGUAGCAAUAUAGUUAAAAAAAAUAUCAUGUAAUUAAUUAUGUAUAAAUAUCAGAUAAACAAGUUCAAUUUUGAUUCA